GUCGCCCGACACACCGCAGCGCGUCGAGACCGAAGGCUGUGGCGAGGCGGCUUGUUUUUCGCCGGUAGAGCAGGGUAAGGCUGUGGCCAUGGCUGCCCCCCUGCACUACCGCCACUCCGUCAAGGUCAUGCUGAAAUCUGGGGCGAACAGCACGACUUCGGACUCGCAGGGAGAGGCAUCACCCCCUUCGGAGAAGCCCAGGGUGAUGGCGCAGGGAGAGGCGUCACCACAUUCGGAGAAGCUCAGGGUGGUGGAACAGGGAGAGGCGUCAUCCCCUGUGGAGACGCCUAGGGUGGUGGUGUACUCCCAGACACCACAGGGCCCUCUCAAUCUUUGCCAGGAAGAGUGGCCCACUCUCGAACAAGCCGACGUACUCGAGCGACUGGAGCUCAUGCGGAGGGCUCCGGUGUGGCAGAAACGAUUAACACCCAUGGUUAUUGUGUACGCCCAGCGUGGAGGGGGAGCCGCUAAAUCUUCUAAGCGCUUCUCCUUGCCUAACGCUGCUGCGCUUGCUUCUCUGCGACGGAAGGCGCCACAAACAACACGCGGGGUAGCAGAAGCUGGACAGCGCAGCGGAACUGUGCCGCCGACAACCACUAAAGGAAAGUGAAUGGAGAGCAUUGAUCUGCGAUGGUGGCAGCUGCUUUGUGAAUGGACUAAAGACUGUGGCCGCAAUGUGAAGAAUGGCCAGCUAUCAUGCCGAAUGUAGUAAUCACAAAUGGGUGACAACACUUUAGUUUGAGAGCUAUUUUGAUUAAGACGAGAGCUGUGCUGAGAUGUAUGGAC